AUGGCGCCUUCAUACGAGAACCUCCCGCUGGAGGACGACGAGUUUGACGAGUCUCAGAUCGACUUUGCCGACAUCGAGGAGCAGUUCCAGGUGCGCCUCGACGAGGGCCUCGACGCGUUUGUCGUCAUCGACGGCCUGCCCGUUGUGCCCGAGGACAGCAAGGGCAAGCUCGUCAAGUUUGUGCUGCGCAAGCUGAACAGCGUCGGCCGCGUCAAGGACGAUGGCGUGCACAUGCCCGUGAACGACGAGGGCAAGACCGAGGGGUAUGCCUUUGUCGAGUACAGCGCGCCCGCCGAGGCCCUCGCCGCCGUCAAGCAGCUGCACGGAACGCCGCUCGACAAGAAGCACACCAUGGCCGUCAACAAGCUCACCGACAUUGACCGCUACGGCAAGGAGGGCCGCAUCGACGAGGAGUACCACGAGCCCGAGAUCCCGCCCUUUGAGCAGAAGGAGCACCUGCGCUGGUGGCUGGCCGACCCUGACAGCCGCGACCAGAUCGCCAUGUACCGCGGCGAGAAGGUCGGCGUCUUCUGGAACGACCGCGAGGACCAGCCCGAGGUCGUCGUCGACCGCGAGAACUGGACCGAGUCGUUCAUCCAGUGGUCGCCGCGAGGCACCUUCCUCACCUCCAUCCACGCCCAGGGCGUGCAGCUGUGGGGCGGCAAGGCCUGGAGCCGCCAGAAGCGCUUCGCCCAUCCCGGCGUCAACCUGGUCGACUACUCGCCCGGCGAGAACUACCUCACCACCUGGUCGCACCGCCCGCUGCAGGUCGACGAGAACCAUCCCGUGCCGACCCUGUCGCUCGAGGAGGACGGCAAGAACUACAUCAUCUGGGACAUUGCGACCGGCAAGCCUCUCCGCUCCUUUGCCACAAUCGACGUGCCGACCGGCAUCGAUGCCGACGGCAACCCGGUUAAGAAGAAGAUGCAGUGGCCGACCUUCAAGUGGUCGUCGGACGACCAGUACGUUGCCCGCUUGACCCAGGGCCAGUCCAUCUCCAUCUACGAGCUGCCCAGGAUGAACCUGCUCGACAAGUCCUCGAUCAAGAUUGAGGGUGUCGUGGACUUUGAGUGGGCUCCUGCUACGCCCAAGCGGGACGGCAUCAAGACAUACGAGCAGCUCUUCUGCUACUGGACUCCCGAGCUCGGCAGCAACCCCGCAAAGGUCGGUCUGAUGUCCGUCCCCUCCAAGGAGAUUGUCCGCACGCGAAACCUCUUCAACGUCUCCGACGCUAAGCUCCACUGGCAAUCAGACGCCGCCUACGUUUGCGUCAAGGUCGACCGUCACUCCAAGUCCAAGAAGUCUCUGGCUACAAACCUCGAAAUCUUCCGUGUCAGGGAGAAGGGCGUGCCCGUCGAGGUGGUCGACUCCAUCAAGGACGCUGUCAUCAACUUCGCCUGGGAGCCCAAGGGCAACCGCUUCGUCCUCAUCACCACCGGCGAGGUUGUUGUCCAGGCUGCCGUUCCCCCCAAGACGGCUGUUUCUUUCUUCGCGCCUGAGAAGCUCAAGGGUGGUGCCCCCGGCAACUUCCGCCACAUCCGCACCGUCGACAAGAAGAACAGCAACGCCAUCUACUGGUCGCCCAAGGGACGAUUCGUCGUCGUCGCAGCUCUCCAGUCCCAGCAGUCCUUCGACCUCGACUUCUGGGACCUCAGCUUCGAGAAGCCCAAGGACGAGUCCGAGAAGGGCGACAAGGAGCUGCUCGCGAACCUGCAGCUCAUGGACACAGCCGAGCACUACGGCGUAACCGACAUCGAAUGGGACCCCACUGGCCGCUACGUCGCCACCGUCGCAAGUGCCUUUCGCCACCGCAUGGAGAACGGCUACCACCUGUACGACUUCAAGGGCACAUUGCUGCGCGAGGAGUCUGUCGAAGGCUUCAAGCAGCUCCUCUGGCGCCCGCGUCCCCCGACACUCCUGUCCAAGGAGGAGCAGGCCGAGAUCCGCAAGAACCUGCGCAACUACUCCAAGGUCUUUGACGAGCAGGAUGUCGCCAAGAAGAGCUCGGCUAACCGCGCUGUGGUCGAGGACCGCAGGGAGAAGCUCCGCGCUUGGAACGAGUGGCGCGAGGAGGUUGCAGAGAGGCUGCGCGAGGAGGGUGCUGAUAUCGAGAUCGCUGCUGCCAAGGGCGAGACACCUGGCGAUGCCGAGGGCGGCGAGGCCGAGGAGAUCGAGGAGAUUGUUGAGGAGAUCAUCGAGGAGAGCGAGGAGAUCCUGAACUAG